GUGACCGGCGGCGCGUUUUUCAAAUAGAAUGGGCCUGGAUUAUUAUCACAUCUUAGAGCUCACAAGAAGUGCCGAUCACGCGGAAAUAUGCAAGGCGUACAGAAGAUUGGCUCUCCGCUUUCAUCCGUGUCGCGCCAAACCCGGAGAAGAUUCAAAGGAAAAAUUUGAGUUAAUCUCGGAAGCUUACGAUGUUUUGUCUGAUCCGAAGAAGCGCGCAAUUUUCGAUCAGUUUGGUGAAGAAGGUCUCAAAAAGCAGGCCCCAAUUGGACAGUCCUGGUCCGAUCCCUAUGCUUAUCAUGGUGAUCCUCACAGAACGUUCAUGGAAUUUUUUGGAAAGGAUAAUCCUUUCAGUCGUCCAACUUCAUUUGUUUUUCGUCAUGCGCAAUAUCUCACAGAAUUUCAAGAAGAAAUGGAUUUCCAGAUGCGGAGUAAUUUUGGAGGACCAACCGGUCGAGGACAACCUAAACAGGAUCCACCAAUUGAGCGAGAAAUGUUCUUAACGCUGGAGGAGGUGUACAAUGGAUGUGUUAAGAAGAUGAAGGUGUCCAGACGGAUAAUGAAUGAAGACGGGCACACGAGCAGUAUUCGAGACAAGGUUCUUACUCUUACAGUGCGUCCUGGUUGGCGCGAGGGCACACGAAUCACUUUCCCUAAAGAAGGCGAUCAAGGACCGAAUACAAUUCCCGCUGACCUCGUUUUCAUAUUGCGAGACCGACCACAUCAAUACUUUCGCCGGGAAGGAGCAGAUUUGAUAUUCACCACGCCCGUACCUUUGGGACAGGCCUUGCUUGGAUGCAUCGUUGACGUAAAUACUUUGGAUGGUCGACUAUUACAUGUGCCCAUCACUGAAAUUAUUCGCCCCGGAUACGAAAAAAUAGUCCCCGGAGAGGGUAUGCCUUUGGCGGACGAACCAGGAAAGAAUGGGGAUCUACGUAUACAGUUCGAGAUCCAGUUCCCACGAAAGCUCAAUGCAGAUCAGAAAUUACUUGUUGAACAAGCUUUAUUCGGAUAACUACGGGUUUUUGACUUAUCAGAGUUUCCAAACCUAAGUGUGGCAAGCAGAAGACUGCCGUAGAAACGGUUCAUGUGCUUCAGUUAUCAAUAUUUAUGUGAAUAUUUAAAUCUUGCCGAGUCAUUGCAAAUUAAGGUGUGGUAAUUUCAGUUCGUACAGAUGAGGCAUCAAGGCCGAUCCUUCCGCGGUCCAUGCUACAGAACUUAUUUAUUGUCCACAUCCGAUUAUUUAUGAUAAAACGUGUCAACCAC